GCGCCGCUGACACGACUGCUGCUCCUUUCCGCUGAGGAGCCGCACUCGUGUGCUGCGGAGGCCGCGGCCGUCUGUGCCAUGCUCUCCCUGCAAGCGCCCUGGCUACCCUCGCAGAACAAGGAUCGUCUUGCGACCUGCAAAGAGUCCUUCGCGGUUUACGAGGGUGACCUUGUCACUCUGUUGAACAUCUACCGGCAGUACGAGACAUACCGACAAAGCGACCAGGAGUGGGCCAAGAGGCACCUCUUGAAUGCCAAGCUGCUCGACCGUGCGCUCCGCGUGAAACAGCAGCUGGGAAUGUAUCUCAGCAA